AUGCCAACCUACUCAAACGUGAGAAUCUCAUUACUGACAACGCCGGAAGAAAAAAAGAAGGCACUUGAUGUCCGCAUCGCUGUAUUUGUGCAUGAACAAAAGUACCCCUUGGAAACAGAAAUUGGCGGAGAAGAACCUCGUUUAGACGAGAUCUCUACUCAUUGGGCUGCUAUUGCUGAUAGAGAAAACGAUGAUGGAUCUAUAGAAAAGGAUGUAUAUAUUGGAACUGUUCGAUUAAUUCCUACUGAAGGCAAUAUUGCCAAACUAGGACGUCUUGCUGUCCUUUCUGAAGCUAGAGGGCUUUAUGCUGGUCAAAACCUAGUAAAGAAUUUCGUUGAAUAUUGUAAAAGUAACGGGUACCAUGCUAUUAAGCUUCAUGCACAAUACCCUCGACGUAUGUUUUAUGCUAAACUCGGAUUUACUAUUGAGGAAGGGGAUGAUGACAUUUUUGAUGAAGACGGAACCCCUCAUGUCAGAAUGUGGAUGCGUAACUUGCGCAGUUGA